ACAAAAAUUGAAACUUGCGUGUUGUCCGUCGUAAUUUUUAGAGAAUGUGGAUUUGUCUUGCUUCUAAUUGUGAUGAUAAGUCUUGUAUAUCAAUUUUCUGCAUUAAAUGUUCCAGUGUGUGAGCCAUAAGCGCUUUUUCAAACAACUUUAACAAUGUGACAAAUGGGUGCAUACAUGGAAGGUUCAUGAAUGAAGGCCGAGUCUUGAACUCUCAAAAGAAGAAGACAUGACUGAAGGUGUCAAGAAGGCAAAUUCAGCCUCCUCGAGAGAUAAUGAAGUUUCUUCAGGAGGGAAUUCCAAGAAAAAAGCGAAAGGGGAGAAAUUUCCAACCAAAGUUGUUGUCCGGAAAUUGCCACCUUCUAUGAAUUUAGAAUCAUUUUUAGACAAUGUGUCUCCAUUACCAGACAAUGAUUACAUUAAUUUUGUGCCUGCCGAUAAUUCACUCUUCCCCCUCAACUAUUCUAGAGGAUAUAUCAAUUUUUCCAAUCAAGAAGACCUACUCAUUUUCACUCAGAAAUUUGAUAACUAUGUUUUUGUGGAUGCCAAAGGACACGAGUAUCCAGCUUUAGUUGAAUUUGCACCCUUUCAGAGAAUACCUAAGGUGAAAACAAACAAGAAAAAAGACAGUAAAUGCAGCACAAUAGAAGAUGAUCCUCACUAUAUCAAAUUCAAAGAACGGUUGCUAGCAGAAGAAGAAGAAAAUGAGAGUGGCAAACAAAAUGUUUUUGAAACAACUUUGCCUGAUGAUGUCCCUGAGAAAGUCACAUCAACGCCCUUACUUGACUAUCUCCGCAAGAGACGAGAAGAAAAGAAAAGAAUUCGUGAAGAGAAAAAGGAGGAACGCAAGAAACGGGAAUUAGAAAGAAGAAAAGUGAAGGAUGAACAACGGAAAGCCAAAAAAGUGGCUUCCACGGUUUCAACAUCAGUAACUGUUUCUGUUCCGUCUGAUACCUAUGAACCAGUGGAAACUUCUGCAAUGAAUUCUGCUAGCGCUGGUUUGAAGGAGAAAGACCGAAUCAAGGAUAAAGAUCCUCUUGGAAAAAGAGGAGCCAAAGAUUUGUUGAAAGCUAUCAAAGUAAAAGAAAAACUAAAUUCAAUUUCGAAGGAUAAAGAAAAAUCUGGGAAAAGCUAUAGAGAGGAAAGAUUACGCCGAAUCGAGCAGCGUGAGGAGCUGCGGAAAAAAAACUCAAAAACUGGUGAUUCAAAUGAGACCAUUAAUCAAGAGUCUGGUGAUAAGGAUAAAAAGAUUGAUAAUUCUUCAACGCACAGUCAACAUGAUGACAAAGAAGACAAGUACAAAAAGCAAAAACCGAAAAUAGACAGUUUCCAAAAACCCAGAAAGAAAGAGUUUGAAAAACGAAGUAGUGAGUAUUACAAAGGAAAAAAAGAAUUUCAAAGUGAUAAGCCCAAGAAAAAAAUACUUGUUCAUAAACCUCAAGAUGGCUCAAGUGUUUCAGAAAAUAAAGAAAAUAAUUCAAACUGUGAUAAAGGUAAGGAGGGCGAAUCGGAGGAGGCUCCAGAAAAACAGGGAGCUAAAUUAAAAUCAGGCAUUGGGUCCCAGGACUCGGUCGGAAAAUCUGGAGAAACCGAAAAAAAAGAUAAACCCUCUAAAGACUCAGACUCUAUCCAGAAAAAAAGUAAAUCUCAAGAUACCUCAGUGAAACCAAGUAGUUCUGUCAAAAAGAAAGCAGAAAAUGAUAAAGAACAAUCAAAAAAGACGAGUGAAUCCUCCACCUCCUUGACGAAUGCUAAAAACUCUGAAGACUCUUCAGUUAAACCACUAGAGCACAAGAAAAUCUCUAAAAACCAGUCCUCAUCUCUAGGAAAUUCCACAGAAGGAGACAUUUCUCCUGUGUCGAAACCAGAACGGAGAAGGUCACUUGAGUCACAAGAUUCAGUUCAGGAUAGUGAUUCUCAAUCAAGGAAGGAUCCCAGAACUGAAAGACGGAUCAGAAACAAGGACCGACCAGCGCUGGAGAUUUAUAGACCUGGAAUGGGUAGAUACAGCAAGCAGAGGUUAGAGAAAGUUUUAGGGAGCAGCACCGAGCGCGAUACCCCCUCUCCAAGUCCGUCAAUCACAUCUAACUAAAAUUGAUAAUAGGCCUCUAAGCUAAUAAAAUGUUUCUUCAAAGUAACUAAUUAUGAAUGUAAAUUUAAGUUUUUAAGAUUUUUGUUAAAAAUAAAAUAUUUUUCAGUUUUUUAA